AGGAAUAAGUUUGGGUGUUGGGUUAGGCACAGGAUCGCUUUAAUCAGGUGACAUGAACAUCAAACUGUCAUGUUGCUUUAUACAAAUUGAGCCACAUGGUUUGUUCACUGUGAAAAAUGGCAUUAUGCCACUGGAUCUAAUUGAUUGUGGCAUUUUGGUCGACUUAGUUAAGUCUUCAUCAAAAAACAUCAGUGAGGCUCUGCAAAUAAAGUGAUUUCUGUGGUUACUGACUCACAUGCAGUAUUUUGUGAAAAUAUUCACACUCCUUUAACUUUUUGAUGUUCUGUCAUGCUACAUGGGAUAUUUCAAAAUGGCUCAAAAUGAUUAAGAUUGGAUGGAUAAAAUCUGGAUUUUUUUUUUUGUAUUCUUGCCACCUUAGACAAAUGUAGGUUUAGACUUUGACUGGGCCUUUUUAACACACAACUAUGCCUUGAUCUAUUACUUUGUCACAUUGGCUGUGUGUUCAUGGUCGUUGUACUGCUGGAAGGUGAACCUCCAACAUAUUGUCUCAAGUCUUUUGCACCCUGUGAUACGUUUUCUUCCAAGAUCGCCCUUCAUUUAGCUCUAUCCAUCAACUGACCCGCUUGUCCCUGAUGACGGGGUGUACUCAGGCUGAUGCGCAGUGUUUCUUCUGGGGGUUUGUCAUAUAGGUUAAACAGUUUAAUUUUGGUCUCAUCUGACCAUCUUGUCCAUUGUUGUUCCCUACAUUGUUUGAGUGAUAUUUAAAACUGGACUUGUUUAGGGUUUUUGUCGACAGCAGAUUUAUUUUUGUCAAAACAUGAGAACAAGUUUAAGGGGUAUGAAAACUUUUGCAAAGCAGUGUAUGGCUCAAAUUGCUUUCCAGUUGCAUCAGGCUAUAAAUCUGAAACAGAGAUUGUUCAAGCUGACAAAAAUGAGGUUAAGCAAAUUUAUAUCUGAUCAAGCAUCAUUAUAAGCCCACUUGGGCUAAUGACUCAUUACAUCACAUAACCUUCAUAUAGGUAUUAGUUCAAUCUUCAUACAUUACAUCCUUAGUGAGGUCCUUUCAUGCUUCCGCCAAGUUCUCGCUCUUCUCUUCAUUAAGCCAAAGUAAUGUCGUUAUUGGUUGCAACAUAAGACCUGCUGCCAAAGAAGAAAACGUCCAGAGUAUGUAAAAGGAAAAAGCCCUAUAUUUGGGAACAGAGCAUAAAUACUUCAUUCCCAAAUAUAAAAAUCAUUUUAUAGGACUUUACAAGAGAAAAUGAAUUAUAUCUGCAAGCAUCCUUAUUAUGCGACCGUUUCUUCGUGUGAGGGCUUAGAUUUUGCAUAGAUUUUCGAUUUGUUCUCGUUUAGCAUAAUUGAACCCCGUUUUUCUUUUUCUUUAAAAAAGUUGCAUCUUUCCCUGCUCCAGUGUCAUUUUUUAGGCAAAGCAAUGCAUGCCUCCCCUCUUUCCCCUCCUUCGCCUAAAACACCCUGGCCUGACCCCGGCCGUAACAAAAAGCCAACUACUAGUCACUGUCUGGAGGCCUUUUAUCCUUUUUUUCUUUUAUUUUGGGGACCUUUUUGACCGGCCACGUUUUGUUGUCCGUCCUUUUGACUCGCCACAAGGCCAAAUAUGGCCCCCACGGCCCCUCAAUAUGGGCGAGAUUAAUUUUUCAGGCCAGGCCAUCUGUGGGGUGAAAAAGUCAUAAAUCUACAGUCCGAAAGGUGGGAGGGAUAGAUAGAUAGAUAGAUAGAUAGAUAGAUAGAUAGAUAGAUAGAUAGAUAGAUAGAUAGAUAGAUAGAUAGAUAGAUAGAUAGAUAGAUAGAUAGAUAGAUAGAUAGAUAGAUAGAUAGAUAGAUAGAUAGAUAGAUAGAUAGAUAGAUAGAUAGAUAGAUAGAUAGAUAGAUAGAUAGAUAGAUAGAUAGAUAUUUCCUGUGAUUUUUUUGUGUCCACAAACGUCGAAUCGUAGUAAUUUUACCAAGCAGCAAAUCUUCAGUAGCUCCGCGAUGAACAUUUCUCAUUUCUUCCAAAUUAUCCCAUUACGUUUGACAUAAACAUCCCAGCGUGCCGCCUCUCAUUGGCUGGCUGAUGGACCACGUGACCCUCGCGGCCGUCUGUCUAUUUGACAGCCGCAGGAUGGCUCGAUGCCAGAGGGGGAAAAAGAGACACAGUGAGGGGAUAGAAAGAAAAAUUAGUAUUCUCCUACUAGCCUCGCUAUAAAUCAAUCAUGGAGUCCUUCGUGGUGAGCUGUAAAUACGCCGAGCCGCAGUUCCCGCCUUGUGAAGAAGAUUACAGUAAUUUUAGUGACCAAGGGGGGUAUUACAACAACCCCCAGGACAGUGGCAGUUACGCAGGGGGUUAUCAGCCAAUGCAGCCCCCUCCGCCUGCGUACGCACCACAACAAACGGGCUACCAACACUGUGUGCAGGCCCACCACCGGGAGGAUGCAGAGGAGCGGCCGCAGCACCACACUGCUACCUACCCGGUGUACAGGGAGGCAGACGCGCCCGAGAAGGAGAGGUUCCCCCCGGGCGACCUGCAGUGCCACCAGGACUGGAUGACCUGCGCCAAGCCCGCUCAGGUGCAGAGGAAAGCGUCCUGCCUUGGCAAGGACAAGCCCCCCAUUGUUGUCUACCCCUGGAUGAAGAAAGUGCACGUCGCGCAUGUCAAUCCCAAUCACGUGGGCCCGGAACCGAAGAGGCUGCGCACGGCCUACACGCGUCAGCAGGUGCUCGAGCUCGAGAAGGAGUUCCACUUCAGCCGGUAUCUCACGCGCCGCCGCCGGGUGGAGGUGGCUCACGCGCUGUGCCUGUCCGAGCGGCAGGUGAAGGUGUGGUUCCAGAACCGCAGGAUGCGCUGGAAGAAAGACAACAAGCUGCCCAACACCAAAGGAAGGAGCAAAAACAAGAAAGCCACGGACAGCAACAAUAACAGCAGCAGCAGCGACAGCAGCGUGAAGGCGGUGAUAACAGUCUAAAACGUGAUCCAAGCUGACUGUUCCGUCCUAAAACAUUUGAACUGCUUUAAAAUUCCAGCAACACAAAGCUUUGUGAUGUUAUUUUAUUAUUAUUUGUAUUCUGACGGCCAUCGUUUGAAGAGGCUGCGUCCAGCCCUGUAUAUAAAUAAUCAAUGAAUGUAUUAUGGCGACCUUAACGGUUGCAGACGGCCUGUCACUCGUUUGAUACAAACACGAAUUAUUCCCCUCCUUAAUAUCCGUUCGGCACUAUAAGCAUGGUGCCUACAUGUGAGACGUGAGUCUUUUUGGAGAAAACAGGGUUUUUAUUUUUUACAGGGUAAAGCAUAUAAUACAGGGUUUUUUUUUUUUAAAUAGCUACAUAGAAAGUUAAAAUAGCCUAUAAUUUAUGAGUGUGCACGUUACCAAAAUGGUCUGCAAGUCUGCGCUUAAAGAAGUAGAAUAAACAAGACCAAAUUGUUCAGCGGCUGACCAGCAGAAUAGUUGGAUAUAUAAUGUUUUAGUAUUUUUGUAGGAGAGUAGCCAUAUUGGUAUUUUGUUUUCUGUUUAAAAAAAUAAAAUAAAAUGGAUCAUGGGUUUAUAGGUGCAAGUUUAUGUUCGACCAACUAAAUUGUGAUGCACAACCGAGUGUAAAUUCAGCUGAUUCUCUCAGGGUUACAUGGUUUCACAAAAAUAUCUUCCUGAAAUAUUUCAAUAAUUCAAAUUAAAGCCAAUCCUUUCUGUUCAUUUCGCCUUCAAGAUUAUUUCCCCAUUGCAGUUUAAUGUGCUAUUAAAUCUAUAUAAGCCAGUACUUAUUUUUUGAUUAUUAUGUAGAAGCGCAUUUUACUCUUUAAGCGACUCUUUCUCUUUGUUCCUUUCGUGUACGUCCAAUUUUGAAAACAAAACUUCCUCUUGUGUAAAUUUUAUAUGUGCAAAUGUUUUGAUAAAACAGAUGAUAAAAAUAAAACAAAAAUCUUAA